UUGCGCAUCUGCUCCACUAGGGGCGCUAGACUCCCUUGAAGGUGCGCUCACUAUCUUCGCAGGGCUGUUGAGGCCAGUUGGGCUCCCGAGCCCCACGGUUGUUCAACAGGUUUUUGGCGCCUGAACGAGUCCAGAAGACAGAAUCUGGACAACUAGGACAUUUUCUUUUGGCACUCAUGGUGGAGGCAACGACUUGGUGUCUAGUUUAAACAGACAAGUUCUUCCAACCCAGAGAGUGGGCAGCUAUGAAGCCCAAGCACAGAAAGAUAGCCACAGGACAGUGGACCAGGAGGGCUGUGGCCUACCGCACUAGGUUUACAGCCAUGAUGAAGAUGCCUCUGAGUAUGAGAGGCGUGCCACCUCUCCAGAAGAGGGACGGGCCAUCUCUCCAGAAGCAGAACCCGGGCAGGCCUUUAGAGGCCCUGGAGAACAUUGUCGGCUGCAGAAUUUCUCAUGGAUGGAAAGAAGGCAAUGAGCCAGUCACCCAGUGGAACGCCAUCGUUCUAGAUCAACUGCCAACAAAUCCUUCUCUCUAUUUGGUGAAGUAUGAUGGGGUCGAUUGUGUCUACGGAUUAGAGCUUCACCGCGAUGAAAGGAUUUUACAGCUGAAGAUCCUGCCUAAUAAAGUGACAUUUCCUCAGGCGACAGACCCCCACCUCACAAACAGCAUAGUUGGCAGAGCAGUGAAACAUGAAUUCGAGGGCACAAAUGGCUCGAAGGAUGAGUGGAAAGGGAUCGUCCUAGACGAGGUGCCGAUCAUGAAGACCUGGUUCUACGUUACCUACGACAAAGAUCCGGUCUUGUACAUUUACCACCUCCUGGAUGACUACAUUGAAGGCAAACUCCACAUCAUGCCAGAGCAUCCUCCAGUAGACGUGACACCAGAAGUAGGCAGGGAUGUCAUGAUAGGCAAGUGUGUGCACUACAACAAAAGUGACGGAACCAUAAAGACAGGCAAAAUCAUUUACCAGGUUCCCACCAAACCUUCCAUGUAUUUCAUCAAGUUUGAUCACGACACCCUUAUCUAUGUCUAUGAUUUGGGGAAGAUCCGUUAAAGUGAAAUUCACAAAGUGUGGAGCAGCAGGCAUGAAAUUGUGUUUGGGGGAAAGAUUCUUUUUUUUUUUUCAGAGAUACCUAAGGUCCUGUAAUAACCCCAGCAUCUUUUCCAAUGGAAUUUGUCUUGCUCUAAAAAUAAAAAUUUGUGAACAUGCUG